AUGGACUUUUACCUUACAGAGGAAGAAGAGAAACAAACAGCAGAUCUCACGAGGGCCGCGUACGAUGCCUGGGUUCUGGUAAAUGACUAUUUCUCCUGGGAGAAGGAAUACCAGAAUUAUCAGGCCAACGGAAGCACCGGCCAAAUUGCAAGCGCUGUUUUUCUGUUUAUGAAGUGGCACAAUGUCGACCCCAUAAUAGCCAAGAAGAUGCUUCGGACUGAAAUCAUUACCCGCGAGGAAAAGAUUCGCAACAUUAAGACUGAAUACCUGGCUCGCGGAAACAUCACAGACAGAAUUCUAAAGUGGAUUGAUCUGCUGGUCCUUGUGACAGCCGGGAAUUUUGUGUGGAGUAUGACCACCGCACGUUACGACGACAAAGCCCAGGAUGCUUACCCCGGACUAAGGGCCACGAAAAGAGAAAAAAACUAUCGCUUGGGUUUAGACGCUCCAAUUAUGCCCCGCACAGUAGCAGUUGCUCUUAAGCAACCUCCGAAAUCGAAGCACAUUCGCUCGAAUAGCUCGGGAUCUAGUACCAAUGUCCAUACCAGCAGCCCACAUACAAGUGAUAAUCUAUCCCAGUGGAGCUAUAAAGAAGAGACUGCUGUCACUCUAUCCUCAUACGAGACAGUUGUGCUAGAGCCUUAUUUCUACAUACAAUCGCUACCAUCAAAAGGAAUCAGGAAUGUUGCCAUCGAUGGCCUUGACGUCUGGUAUCAAGUCCCAGAGCGAUCCUUUAACACAAUCCUGGAAAUUACGGAUACUAACACGCCUAGGAUCGAUGAUAUACAAGAUAACUCACUAUUAAGACGAGGCUCGCCUGCUGCGCAUGCCAUUUUUGGGAUUGCCCAGACGAUAAACUCUGCCAGUCUUUUGUUGAUGAAGGCUUUGAAAGCAGCAACAUCUCUGUCCCCAGAUGCUGUUUCUAUUUUCACAAAGAGUCUCAUAGAAGGUCAUAUUGGCCAGGGAAUGGAUUUACAUUGGACAAAUCAGACAAAGAUCCCAACCGGAGAGGAGUACUUCACUAUGGUUGACGGCAAAACUGGUGGCCUCUUCGUUCUCAUUGCCGAGCUAAUGCGCUCUGAAGCAACUACGAACAAAGAUCUUGAUGUGAAACUACUUAUGAACACCGUUGGACGUUUCUUUCAGGCCCGCGAUGACUACCAAAAUCUCCAAGACGCAGAUUAUACGGAACAAAAAGGUUUCGCAGACGAUCUGAGUGAAGGCAAGAUCUCUCUACCUCUCAUCUUCGCUCUAGAGGCGGAAGGGCCACAGCGUAGUCGGCUGCUCAAUGUCCUACAGCAACGAAAGGCUACUAAUUCUCUAUCCGUUGAAUUGCGGAAGCUGGCAUUGCAGGACAUUAUAGCCGCGGGAGGACUGACACGCACAAAGGGUAUCAUACUCAACUUACAAGAGGAAACUGAUGAAGAAGCGGCUGGAGCUUUGAAACAGGAGAAACUCGGUGGAAAUAAUGGGUUGCUGGAAUGCACCGUUAUAUAG